AUGCCAAAUAUGGAAGCUAAAAAAGUAGCAAAAAUAAUGGUAGAAGAAGUAUUUGUUAGGCUAGGAACGCCUAGAAUAAUACACUCAUAUCAGGGGAGGCAGUUUGAAAGCGAAUUGUUUAGGGAAGAAUGUCGACUGUUUCAUAUCCAGAAAAUACGAACCACUGCCUACCAUCCACAGUCGGAUGGUAUGGUUGAAAGGUUCAACCGAACAUUGACUUCUAUGCUCAGCGCAUUUGUACAGGAGAAUCAGACAGACUGGGAUGAACACAUUCCUUAUGUCAUGAUGGCCUACCGGUCUGCAGAACACAAGUUUACUCAAUUCACACCGAAUAUGCUUAUGUUAGUAAGGGAAACUACAUUACCUUUAGACUUGCAGUAUGAGAUGCCUGAACACAUGAAAAUAGAAACUCCGAAUGAGUGGUUCUGUAUCUUACAGGAGAGACUUGAUCGUGCCCACAAUGUCGUCCCUCAACAUAUAGAAGAUGCUAUGAAUCGGCAAAAGAAAUAUCAUGACCUGAAAAUGUCGUGGGAAAAGUUCAAGAAAGGAGAUAAAGUAUUUGUGUACUUUCCUCAGAGAAAAGUUGGUUGCUCUCCAAAACUCACCUCGUUUUGGCGAGGACCAUUUGAGGUGCUUGAACAGUGGUCUGAUGUACUUUAUGCAGUAAAUUGUGACAGAAAAGGAGAAAAACAAAUUAUCCACUGUGAUAGGAUGCGAAAGAAAAAAGAGCAAGUUCUGAAUUUUGAGUGUGAUGCGCCCGAGGCAAGAGAUGAAUCUAUCUUAUAA